GCCGCCGCUGUGGUGUCGCUGCUGUAUCUGUUGCCGCCGUUGCCGCCUCCCUGCCAGCAAGUGUGUGAAGGAACUGAGGGUCGCCGUCGCCAUCGCCACCAUGGGGAGAAAGUCAAGCAAAGCGAAGGAGAAGAAGCAGAAGCGGUUGGAGGAGCGAGCAGCCAUGGAUGCCGUCUGUGCCAAAGUGGACGCCGCCAACAGGGUUAAACGUCUCCAUCGAAUGUAAGCGAGUGUCUGGACUAGAGCCGGCCACUGUGGAUUGGGCCUUUGACCUCACCAAAACCAACAUGCAGUCCAUGUAUGAGCAGAGUGAGUGGGGCUGGAAGGACCGAGAGAAGCGGGAGGAAAUGACAGACGACCGAGCCUGGUACCUCAUUGCUUGGGAAGACCGUUCCAUCCCCGUUGCCUUUUCUCACUUCCGGUUUGACGUGGAGUGCGGGGAUGAAGUCCUGUACUGCUACGAGGUGCAGUUGGAAAGCAAGGUGCGGCGGAAAGGCCUGGGGAAGUUCCUCAUACAGAUCCUGCAGCUCAUGGCCAAUAGCACACAGAUGAAGAAAGUUAUGUUAACAGUAUUUAAACACAAUCAUGGCGCCUACCAGUUCUUCAGAGAAGCGCUGCAAUUUGAAAUCGACGACUCUUCCCCCAGCAUGUCUGGCUGCUGCGGGGAGGAGUGUUCCUACGAGAUCCUGAGCCGCAGGACCAAGUUUGGGGACAGCCAGCACUCUCACACGGGUGGACACUGUGGUGGCUGCUGCCACUGAACUCCCAGAGCCCCUGCGAGGCAGACUGUACGCCUCAGGCCUGUCCUCUCCCCGCUCGCGCAACGCCACCGCCGCUCACCAGGUGCCCUCAGAGCUGUGGCCUCCUCAGCCCUUCACGGGCCAGGCUGCCCCCCAAAAGCACAGAACCCUGGGAAGGCGUGGU